AUGGAAAACUCAGUUGAGUUCGCCCUUCCAGCGAGGAAGAGCGUUACUCGCAUCCCUCUGUCCACUCUCAAUCAACGUCUGCCACCAUUGACCUGGGAGCAGCUCGCUGAAGUGGAGAACAAGCUCACAUCCAUGUUUGGCCCCAAUCUGGACGACAUCUUUGUCACCACAAACAGCGGGGCCAUGUCCACGGUGUCCAUGACGCUGAGUCAACCGAUCACCUCCAUCUCCCUCGUCGGAUCGACGCGCCUGCCGUCCCCUCGCACCGUCGAUCCCAGAAGGAGUGGCAUCAACUUAUCAGUCAGCGACCCCACCACCCCACGUUCUGCACAAAGCGAUUUGAGGAAGAAGGUGCUGGCGGCGCUCAACAAGACGUCGGAGGAGCUGUUCCUCGCCAUGCAAGCGGCCGAGUGCAAUCUGGCUGCUGCGGGUCCUGCAUCGUUUCCCUAUCGACCACCACCAGCAGCAGCAGUAACCACCAAGAAGUCGCCCACCAGCGUCAUUGCGCGCAAGGGCGAUCUACUCUUGAAGCCGCUGACGUCACCAACGGGCAGCAGCUCCAAGCGCAACACGCCCGAGCCGGCACACUCAGGCGGCAUCCGCCGGCGGACAACGACCAGCAGCCGCGACUAA